CAGCCCGAUCUCCGCUGUCCCGGGUCCUGGAGCGCUCCGGGCCCGCAGGUCUCUCUCCAGUCGCUCGGGCUCCUCCCCUGCUGGCCGGACCGCCGGGUGUGCUGGGCUUAACGCCCCUGGCCCGGCAGCCGCGGUCGGGCUCCGCCCCAGGCGCUGUGCUCCCGCUCGGCGACCGCUGGAGACCCGGCGAGCUCAGCUCCUGGGCCAGGCGAGUGCCAGGACACUGCCCCCCGGGCUGUGUCCCCAGAGACUCCAAGAGCUGAGGCUCUGUGCUGGCCACCAUCUGGGUGGCUUCCAAGUGUGAGCAUGGUGCAGAAGUACCAGUCUCCUGUCCGUGUCUACAAGUACCCUUUCGAGCUGGUCAUGGCGGCCUACGAGAAGCGCUUCCCCACCUGCCCGCAGAUCCCAGUUUUCCUGGGCAGCGAGGUCCUGGGCGAGUCCCGCAGCGCGGACGGGGCAGUGCACGUGGUGGAGCGCAGCUGCCGGCUGCGCGUGGACGCCCCGCGGCUGCUGCGGAAGAUCGCAGGCGUGGAGCACGUGGUCUUCGUGCAGAAAAACGUGUUGAACUGGAGGGAGAGGACGCUACUCAUUGAGGCGCACAACGAGACCUUCGCCAGCCGCGUGGUGGUGAAGGAGAACUGCAGCUACUCGGUCCACCCCGAGAAUGAGGACUGGACUUGCUUCGAGCAGUCGGCCUCGCUGGACAUCCGGUCCUUCUUUGGCUUUGAGAACACCUUGGAGAAGAUCGCUAUGAAGCAGUACACGGCCAACGUCAAGAGGGGGAAGGAGGUGAUCGAGCACUACCUGAAGGAGCUCAUCUCCCAGGGCACCUCUCACAUCCCCCGCUGGACGCCCGCCCCAGUCCGGGAGGAGGACGCCCGCAGCCAGCCCGGAUCCCGGCAGGCGGAGGGGACCCUCAGGACCCUGGGCCCUGCCUCGGAGGCGGUGGGAACUGACGAUGGACGUCCCCUGUACAUCCUCCGCCUGGGCCAGAUGGACACCAAGGGCUUGAUGAAGGCGGUGGGGGAGGAGGCGCUGCUGCAGCACGUCCUUUCUGUCAACGAGGAAGGACAGAAGAGGUGUGAGGGGAACACCAAGCAGUUUGGCCGUCCCAUCAGCUCCUGGACCUGCCUGCUGGACCUGGAGGGUCUCAACAUGCGGCACCUCUGGCGGCCGGGGGUGAAGGCGCUGCUGCGCAUGAUCGAGGUCGUCGAGGAUAACUACCCCGAGACCCUGGGCCGGCUGCUCAUCGUGCGAGCGCCCCGAGUCUUUCCCGUGCUCUGGACGCUGGUCAGCCCCUUCAUCAAUGAGAACACCAGGCAGAAGUUCCUCAUCUACAGCGGCAGCAACUACCAGGGCCCUGGGGGCCUGGUGGACUACCUGGACAAGGAAGUGAUCCCCGACUUCCUGGGGGGAGAGAGUGUGUGUAAUGUCCCUGAAGGAGGACUGGUCCCCAAGUCCCUCUAUCUGACCGAGGAGGAGCAGGAGCAGGCCGACCAGCUGCAGCAGUGGAGCGAGACCUACCACUCGGCCAGCGUGCUCCGCGGGGCGCCCCACGAGGUCGCGCUGGAGAUCCUGGAAGGGGAGUCGGUCAUCACCUGGGACUUCGACAUCCUGCGAGGGGACGUGGUCUUUAGCCUGUACCACACCAAGCAGGCGCUCAAGCCGGGCCCGCGGGAGCCUGGGGCCAGGGCCAGCGGGCAGCUGGUGGACAAAGGCUGGGUCCUAGGCACGGAUUACAGCCGCGUGGAGGCUCCACUGGUCUGCCGGGAGGGGGAGAGCAUCCAGGGCUCCCAUGUGACCAGGUGGCCUGGGGUCUACCUGCUCCAGUGGCAAGUGCACAGCCCCCCUGGCAGCAUGGCCUGCAGCCUCCCGGGCGAUGUCCUGACCGCUCUGCACAGCCCGGGCCCCAGGUGCAAGCUCCUCUACUACUGCGAGGUGCUCGCCUCCGAGGACUUCAGGGGCUCCAUGUCCAGCCUGGAAUCCUGCACCAGUGGCUUCUCCCAGCUCAGUGCCGCCACCUCCUCCUCCUCCUCCGGCCAGUCCCAGGGCAGCUCCCUGGUCUCCAGAUAGCCAGGCGCGGUCCUGGCCUGGGCCACCUGGAAGAGUGAGAAUGAGAAGCAGCUGGCCAAGGCCUGGGACCACGUGGGCUGCACCUCUGGUCCCCAAAGCCGGGUGUCAGGACGGGACAGCGAGGACCUCAUCCUUGGCCAGUGUGGCCCGUGUGCAGCUCAGGGCUCCUGUGGUUGCCAGGACAGAACUCCCCUCUGGACACAAAAGACCUGCCCAUCUCAGCGCCGUGGGUCUCGCAGGAUCUGGGGCUCAGCCAUGGCACCAGGCGCAGCCCCUCACCACCACUUGCUUGCUGGCCCCGUCGGCUUCCUUCUAAGGAGGGCCACCCCGGAGCAGGGUCUCCGUCCUGCUAGGCACACUGUCCCUUCCCCCAGAAGGGAACCGCUCACUCCCAGAAGUUCCAGUCCACCUCCCAGGACUGCCUCUCAGCAGCCAGCUGGGGACCCGCGUCCAUUCGUGAACCCGGGAGAGUUUCUGGGGGUUGGAGAAGGCGGGUCCUGGGGUCAUGUGCCCAAUCUAGACCAAUCACUGUGACUUAGCUGGGGUGCGGCGCAUUGAUUGGCCAGCCUGGAUCACAUGCACAGUGCUGGAGCCAAUCACACGGUCUGAAAAGGCAAGGGCUUCAAGGAAUACUGGCCCAAGCCCCAAGAAGGGGAAGGUGCUGGGCCUCCGGAAGGGAUGGUCCCCUGAGUGUCUGAGGGACAGCAGCACUCUGAGUCCCCACUGGGCCCAGGAGCUGUAUCCAGGGCUCGCCGUGACCGUAUCCAGGUUUGCUGGGGGCCUAGCCCUGACCACCAGUGCCUUGAAGAGGGUGAGGAAGUCCAAGGCUUCUGCCAAGUUUUAGGCAGUGAUGGGGUGACACACACGAUCUCCAUACCCCUCUGGAGGCCUCUUUCUGUCCUGGGGAGCUGUUCCAUUACGACCUUUUUAAAUUGUAACUCAGAGAAACCCACUGCUCAGUGACUUAAACACAAAAGGGUGACCAUUCAUGGAUUCAUAGUACCUGUCCAGUCCAGGGCUGACUUCAGGUAAGGCUGGAUCCAGGGUCUCCACAUGGCAUUUGGACUCCUCUUGGUGGGGAGGCUAUUGUCUGCCCUGGGGCAGAUCUGACUCAGGAACCAGCUCCAAAAUUGACCUGACUUUCCCCAGUUACUGCCUUGGGUCUCCUUGGGACCUGAGGACAUUGUUCCUUUCCUUUCCUGGGUCCCCAAAAGGCAACAGGUCACGGGUCUCUGAGUGCUAGGCAAGUGCUCUACCUCCGAGCUACCACCCCACUCCCAGCAAGGAUUCUUGGCUGGUCCCUCUGAACCCAGCUAAAACUGGCUUAAGCAACAAAGGGAAUUCCCUGGGUCUCGGAUUUAGGAAUUGGCUCCGGGAACGGCUGGAUGCGGGAGCCCCGUUUCCCCAGGCCUCUCGACUGCACCCAGGCCUCCUGACCCUAACCUCUUUGCACCCUGGCCGCCUCCUUUCUUCCACCUGGUGAGGAAGGGGCUGCCAGAGCCCAGACUUCUUCACACAGGCUCCCGACCCCAUCUCCGCUCUCGUGGAAGAGUCUGGCUGACCCUGCUCAAGUGGCAGGUUCACUUCUUGGCCGUGCUGCCCAAGGCACAAGGGGUCCCGUGACUGGCAUCCCCUCUAGAAGCAACGGGGCUGCGUGGGACCGUCCUUCCGUGCACCAGCAGGCGUCCGUGGUGGUGUCCUGCGUAGAAGUCUCUGGAAUCUGCGCUGAAGCCUCUGCAGCAGGCUGCCCCUGCCUUGGGGAGGCCUGUAAUUAAAAGUAGCUCAAGGAAGGGACUGCCCAGCUUCUGGCUUUUAAACUCCCCCGGGCCACCAGGGCUGGACUUGGCUUAGGCUUCUUGCUCCUCCUGGCUCAUCAGCCCCUUGCCGUCAGGACAGAGCCGACCCGUGGCCACGUGACCAUUAGACCAGGGUGCAAAGCUCAGCCUUCCUUUCAUAGCUGUGUAACCUCGAGCAGGUGACUUAACCUCUCUGUGCCUCAGUGUCCUCAUCUGUAAAUUUUGGGGACAGCAGUGCCUACCUCAUGGGGUUGUAGUGGGACAAAAGUGGUCACAAAGUCCCCAGCACGGCGUCUGGAACACAGAAAGCGCUCAAUAAAUGUGCGCGGUAGUUCUGA